UUGUCAGGAGUUGGUCAGUGGUGGUUACACUCGCAGGAGGAAGAGGAUCGACUCAGCUCCGGUCAGAGAUGGAUAAAUUAGUGAACUGUCUGUAUAGAAAACCUGAAGCUCUUUUCAGACUUAUCUGCUUUCCUUGGGCUGGAGGUGGAUCCAUACAUUAUGCCCAGUGGGGAAAACACUUUGAUAAUUCUGUAGAAGUUUAUUCCUUGCGCCUUGCUGGAAGAGAAACUCGAUCCAAGGAACCCUUUAUGCAGAACAUUCAUCAACUCAUUCAUGAAAUUGUCAACAUCUUACUGCCCAGCCUUAAAGAGAAACCAUUUGCAUUUUUUGGUCACAGUUUGGGGUCAUACCUCAGUUUCGCUACAGCGGAAUACCUUAAAAGAAAUCAUGAUUUGGAACCCGUCCACAUGUUUUUUUCAGGUGCUCCAGCACCACAUACUGCAGCUCAAUUCGCUCUCAAGAAGUCAGACCUCCCAGAUGAUGAAUUCCUGAAAUGGAUGACAUCCAUCGGUGGUACUCCAUCUGAAAUUCUUACAAAUAAAGAAACUCUGCAGCUGUUUGUUCCAGUUUUAAAAGCAGAUCUAAGACUUGUGGAAUUAAUUCGAUUUGAAAAACCACAGAUGAAGUUCUUCUCCUGUUCUAUCAGCAGCUUUAAUGGAAAAGAGGAUAUGCCGUACGACCUUGAAGCUUGGAAAGAUUUAACAACUGGAGAAUUUACCAGCCAGAGUCUUUCUGGAGGCCAUUUUUACCUGAAGGAGCCAGAUAAUGAAAAGUUUUUAAUCAGCUACAUCACAAAGCAUUUAGAAACUGCAGAGUCAGACUAUCUUUAAAAGCCAGUAUUUUGGUGUGGGAGCAGUAAUCCCACAACCAAUGUAUCGCCUAAGGUUGUGAUGAGAAUUUGAAUGCUCCAUUCAUGUUAACAUUUUUCAUCAUAUUUUUUUUAAGAAAAUGAAUUGCCUCAAUGGUAUAAUAAAUAGAGGGCAUUUUGAAAAAUGAAAAUGUUAAACUGACAAUGCUUUAACCAGGUGCUUUGUUUUUAACUGUAAAGUCUGUACAUUUAACAUCAAACGUCAUGCAGUGGCUGUUUCGCCAACAGUCUCUGUCCUUUCUUUUUGUUAUUUUUAGUAUCUGUGAAAAAGUAUGUUUUGGUGUUCCUUGAUUUGUUUUAUGUGGGUGGUUGGGGGAAACUUUUUUUCGAUUUCUUACAUCGACGGAGAUGCGAUUUUUUUUCUGUAUUGUAUCUCCGUCCUCACUGCGGCCUAGCAUCGUGGAGUUGGCCUGGAAACCGACCAGGUGCUCCAAGCCGUGGGAGUCUGUGGGACUUUAACAUCGCGGAGCUUGCGAUCCCUUUGCUGGGGAUCGAAGUUCCAACCGCGGGGCCCAUGGGAUUUAACAUCGUGAAGCCCUCGGUCUCUGGUAAGAAGAGGCCGACUCGGGUGCUUCAUGCCGCGGAGAGAGUUUCAACCGCCCUGACGUGGGAGUUUCGAUCACCCCGACGGGGGCUUCGAUCGUCGGCUGCGGGGGCUUUGGUCGCCCUGACUGUGGAUGAUUUGACUGCCCCGACCGCGGGAGAACAAGAGGAAGAAGAUUGAACUUUAUUGUCUUCCUUCACAGUGAGGAAUGUGGAAUCCACUGUGGUGGAUGUUUAUGUUAACUUUUAUGUGGUUGUAUGUCUUGUUGCUUUUCACUUGGUAUGUUAUACAGUUCCACUUUCAGAAAUUUCAGGGCCAAUGUGUUUAUUAUGGUGUAUAUGGUGAUAUUUUGUUUCUUGCACUCUUUAGACCCCUUUCACUGCAAACUUUCACAACAUUGUAUUUGUUCAUGCCUGCAAAAAAAAUGAAUUGCCUACAUUUAAAAAGUGGGUUUGUUUAUAAGAUAGUGAAUACACUGUACCUGUGCUGACUUAUGACAAAAAAAUCAAGUAACCGCAUCGUUGAGUUACUUCAUAAUGAUUUGAGAUGUUCUUCAGUUUCCACCACUGUCACUGCAGACUUAACUUUUCCUGGUUCUCCAGCUCACUGACUGAGCUGGUACAGGUAUGUCCAAGUGCCAGUCUAAUCUAAACAUAAUUCUACAUUCUGUCGGUCUAGGUGCCAUUAUUUUCAAUUUAUGAGUGGGAGAUUAUAAAUAAAUAAAUUAACUUAGAAAAUCAAAAGAAAUAUGGAAAUAAUUUAGAUGCCAAAUAUGAAAGAAAAUUAAAAUUUUAUUAACAUUUUAACCAAAAAUAUUUUUAUAACUCAGAGUUGAAAUACAGAACUAAAGGCUUUAAAAUUCAGCCAUACGUGAUGCUGUCAAAAGCAUGGACUGCCCAGGCAGCUGGAAUCAGGACCAAGGAUUGAAGGAUGGCUCGGUCCAUUGUGUAUGUGCAGGAUAGUAGGAGAGCUUAUCAAGGAUAGAAAUGAUGUAAUUUGGGGUCAGUUUGGUGUGUGAACUAAAGCUAUUUGAGAUUUAAGCUGAGCUUCAUUUUCCUUUUGUGUAUUUAACAUUGCUAUAUGACAAAGUAUGUACUCUCACAUUGAAGAAAAUUGUAAUGUAGAUACCACAACAUAAGCAAUAAAGCCUUAAAAAAGCAUGUUUUAAAA